UUUCUGUGGAGCCAUGGUUUAACUUCAUACUAAUUCCAGUUCAACGAAUGGUGUUUCUGAUUUAGUAUAUAAGGGACGAACUCAGUUAAUCAAAGCAUCAGUUGUCUCGUUGCAUCAGUCCUUCUUUACAGCUCCAAAAUGAAGAUCACAAUCAUCGCCGUACUCUUCACCAUUGCUGCGGUUCAAAGUUACCAGCAACAGUCUUACAGAACAAUUGAAUACAAUUCACCUAUGCCUUACAGCUUCGCUUGGGAUGUUAAUGACUAUGCCUCCAAGAACAAUUACGCCCAUUCGGAAAGCAGUAACGGCAAUGCAGUCACCGGCUCUUAUCGUGUCGCCCUCCCCGACGGCCGCACUCAAUAUGUUACAUACCGAGCUGACCACAACGGAUACGUCGCUGACGUGAAGUACGAAGGAGAAGCCCAAUAUCCUGAAUACAGGCCAACAUCAUCGCAUUAUUACCCCGCCUACCAAGCUCCUGCUCCAUCCUACUCCGCGCCUGCCUACAGAGCUCCAGCCUAUUCGACUUAUAGCGCUUCGUCCUACGCUGCACCUGCAACUGCUCCAGCGAAAAGAGGUUAUGUUGCUGCGCCAGGUUAUUCGCAGUCUGGACCAUUAUACCGAGGAUAAAUUCCUAAAUUUUACCAGUUUUACGCUGAAUUUGUAACUGUAAGAUAUAAUGCUUAUAAUAGUUAAUUCGCUAAACGCUUUGGUGAUUAAAAUUCUAUACGACAAAAUGUAUAAGGAAAAUAUUUAACAUAGAGUCAAAGGUUGUCUCUCGUUUGUGUUACCAUUCGAAAUAAAAUGUAUGUAGGCUAUUUAA